AUGGCCACAGUGAAAGAGGUGGUAGAAGAAGAAGAGAGGAAGAGCUACUGGGGCGUGAUGGGGGCGAGGGAGUGCGACUUCUGCAGGGGGUCGCCGGCGAUGCUCUUCUGCCGGGCCGACGCUGCCUUCCUGUGCGGCGGCUGCGACGCCAAAGUCCACGGGGCCAACAAGCUCGCCUCCCGCCAUGCCCGCGUCUGGCUCUGCGAGGUCUGCGAGCAGGCCCCCGCCGCCGUCACCUGCAAAGCCGACGCCGCCGCCCUCUGCGUCUCCUGCGACGCCGACAUCCACUCCGCCAACCCCCUCGCCCGCCGCCACCACCGCAUCCCCGUCGCCCCCUUCUACGACACCCCCGCCGCCGCUGCCCUCCUCAACCCGGCCAACUCACCGGCGGCGGCGGCGGAGCUCCCCCUCCUCAGGCCCUCCUCCUCCUCCCUCUCCGACGACGAUGACGACGAUAACCUGUCCGAGGAGGCAGAGGCCGCCUCAUGGCUCCUCCCCGACCCCGAGCCUCCCGCUUCGGAGGAGGACCACCAUCUCCAUCAUCUCCAUCACAAGCAGAAGGUGGAGGAGGUGGAGGAGGUGGAGGAGGAAGAGCUCAAGACCACCGACUACUUGUCGGAGGAAUACCCUUAUCUCGACCUGGAGUACCCGAGCAGCGUGGACGCCGCCAUGGACAGCGUAGUCCCGGAGCAGAUGCCGGCGGCGGGGUUGGUCGCCGGCCAUCCUGCAGCGUUCAUCUCCCCCGACGGCGGAAUCGACUUCGACUUCGGGAUGUCCAAGCCUCAACUCCAUGGGAUCUACCCUUCCGCCUCCUGCGUCAGUCACAGUGUAAGUACCACAUCGGUGGCUAGUUAAGUUGACCUCUCCCCGCUCUUCUAAUUCUCGCAUGCUCAGCCUAUUGAUCUCGGUGGUUUGAUCUUCCGCAGUUCUCCUCGUCGGAGGUGGGCGUGGUGCCGGAUGCCGGCGCCGGUGCGGACGUGACGAACCCGUACGGGGGGAGGGUAGACAGAGAGGCGAGGCUGAUGAGAUACAGGGAGAAGAGGAAGAACAGGAGGUUCGAGAAAACGAUCCGCUAUGCUUCCAGGAAGGCGUAUGCGGAGACGAGACCACGGAUCAAGGGGAGGUUCGCCAAGCGAGGGGAGAGGGAAAGCAACGUCGCCGGGAUCUACUCCUCCGGCGAUCCCCCCGCCGCCGCCUUCAUGGUUGACCCCGGGUAUGGCGUCGUUCCCUCCCUCUGA